CCCUUGGCCGCUUUUUCAGAGGCGGAGGGCGAGCGAAUGGAGCAGCUGGAGGCGGAGCUGCGGCGCUUGCGACGGGAGAACGGCACGCUGAAGAGCAGCUUGUUCAGCUCCCAGGAGGAGGCUCAAUCGAAGUCCAGCGAAGCGGCAGAGCUACUGCGGGAGAACAGCCACCUGAAGUCGGAGCUGGACACCAUCCAAUUCACCCACCGCGAUGAGCUGCAGGUGGAGCGGAAGCAGAUCCAGGCCACCAGACGCGAGGAGCUCCAGGAGCGCGAGGCCCAGCAGCGCCAAGAGAUGCAGAGCCUCCAGGCGCGCCUGGCGGAGGUGGAAGGCGACUUGGCGCGGUGGCAGUCCGCGGCACAGGAGGCCAAGACCGCGGCGAGCUCGGAGAAGGAGCGCUUCGAAGAGAUCGAGAAAAGGCGGCGGCACCUGGAACAGCAAGCCGGAGACCUGCGGAAGGAGCGCCAGGACACGGACUUUGUGCUGAAGGAGAGCCAAAGCAGCUGGCGGGCGGAGCGCGAGAAGCUGGUGCAGGACAUGAAGCUCAAAGAUCGGGAGCUCGGAAACUUGAAGCAGGUCCUGGACAACGUCACGGCCGCCCACGUGCCCAAAGAAGAGCUGCAGAAGUGGAAGAGCCGCUGUGAUGAGCUGCAGCAACAAGUGGACCAGGCCAACCGCGCCCGGAGAGAGAUGCAGUCGGCUGUGGGGCAUAUGACCCAUGCGGCCUGCGCACGCGGAGGAGACUUGCACGACCUGCAGUUGCGCAACCAAUACCUCUCGCAGGAGUACGAGAAGCAGGUGGCGGAGAUCAAGAAGAUGGACCUCGAGAAGCGGGAUCUGAAGGACCAGAAGGAGAACGUGGAGAUCUCCCUCAACUAUUUUCAGAACAAGUACAAGGCCACCGCAGCAGCGUUGAGGAAACAGGAGACGGAGACCAGUGAAGCCAUGGAAGGCCUCGCACAGGCGCGCGCCAGGGUGCGAGAGCUACAGGCAGAGCUGAAGCGAGGAGGCUUGCACCAGGUGCCGGUUCAGGCCCGCGAGCCCCUGGACAAGGCGGUGAUCGUGAAUCACUCUCCGACCCGCCUCAAUCAGGCGUAUCCGGAAUCCGCGCUGGAUCCCCGGCGCCCGAGAGCGGAGGAGCCCGAGCCAGCGGCGAAUGGAGUUGAGGCGGAAAACGGGCGGCCAUCAUUGAAAGAGGAGGACGGCCGAUGAGCCAGCGUCCUUGCCCGCGUUGCGUGACACCUGUUAGCUUUGAUCCAGGAAACACAUCCUGCCCAUGUGCCCCAAUUCCCAGGCUCUCCCAGCUGAACCUGAGCG